CAGCAUUAAUAUUGUGCUUCUCUCUGCCCUCAUUUGUCUUCUCACGGGGUCUCGUAUGCAGGUUUGAGGCAUUAUGUCUUUUAAAAUGUGCAGGAAUAGAAGUAAGUUUUAGAGAAAGCUUUUAAAUGUUCCAUCUUUGGAUAUAUCAGACCAACGAUGCAUUCCAAGGUGUUUGCUUGCCUGCUGCUGGCCACCCUCUUAGGCACCACCCUUACAAGAUCCUACCAGCUGGAUGGCAGGAUAAGGAAGCAAGUGAAGGCUGCAUUAGGACCAGACCGGAUGCAGAGGAGUGGCAACGAAGUGCUCGUCCGGCGGGAUUGGCCAGAAGGCCUUUCCCAGGCCCAGAAGAAUUUGAUCUCCCAGAUCCUGCCGGGAAUCUACCCAGCAGAGUUUGCUGGCAAAGUGAGUCAUCUGCAGACUGAUAACACCCAUUACCCUGCCUGGAUGGACUUUGGACGCCGAAGCUCAGAAGAUGUGAAUGAAGAUGCCUAAGUGAUCACCUGGUGGCUCAUGCCAGGCUGCAGACGGAGGAGGCACAGAUGCGAAAUUGUUAUUUUAUAAGUAUUUUGUCCUCUUCCAGACCGGUUUCUCAUGUAUAUUUGUGCAAAUAAAAAGAUGCCAUUACUAUCGCUA